AUGUCAUCAACUAUUACUUAUCCCUCCGUACGUCGUGAUUCAACUGUAUUGGAUACAUAUACUGAUAAAUCUUCAUCUACUAUAACUAUUAAUGAUGCAUAUCGUUGGCUUGAAGAUCCUGAUUCGAAAGAAACAAUUGAAUUUGUUUCGCAACAAAAUGUAAUAAGUGAAGAUUAUUUAAAUAGAAUUCCUUAUCGCACAAAAUUUUUUGAACAUCUUAAAGAAUUAUUUAAUAUUCCAAAAUUUUCUUGUCCAUCAAAACAACCUAAUGGAAAAUAUUAUUAUUUUAUGAAUACAGGUCUUCAAAAUCAAGAUAUCUUUUAUGAAUUAGAUUCAUUAAAAAAAUCAACUGAUGAAAGUCAAAUUUUGCUUGAUCCAAAUACAUUUUCUAAAGAUGGUACAGUUUCAAUUCAAUCAUUAAAUUUUUCCUAUGAUGGAAAAACCUUAUGUUAUAGUGUAUCUGAUGCUGGUUCAGAUUGGUCAACCAUAUAUUUUAUGGAUGUUGCAUCACGAAAAAAAUUAGAUGAUGUUAUAAUUCGAACAAGAUCUUCGUCAUUACGUUGGACAACAGACAAUCGUGGUAUUUUUUAUGCAACAUAUGCAGGCGCACUUGAUAAUAUAACGUCAGAUAAUGAUUCAUCUACUUCGACAAAUAAUAGAGAAAAGAAUGUUGAAACAGGUAUUGAAGUUACUCGUACAGGCGCUCAAGAAAUUUAUUUUCAUCGAAUUGGUACACCUCGGUCAUCAGAUAUAUGUAUUGCACGAUGUGUAGAUGAUCUUAAUGAACAUUCCUUUUCAGUUGAAACAUCUGAUGAUGGACAAUAUUUAAUUGCUAAUAUACAUAAAGGUACAUUAUGGGAAAGUAAAAUUUGGAUAUUACCAUUAUUGAAUUUAUCUGAUUCAAUUGUUGAACAGCCAAAUUGGUUGAAAUUAAUUGAUAAUAUGGAUUUUGUUUAUGAUUUUGUUACAUCACAAGGUGAUUUACUUUAUUUUCGAACAAAUGCACAAGCUCAAAAUUUUCGUCUUAUUUCAAUAAAUCUAAAAACAAAAGAAAUUAAAGAAAUUAUUAGUGAAGAUAAAGAUAAUAUAUUAGAAGAUGUAACACGUGUUUAUGAAAAAUAUUUUGUUGUUCGAUAUUUAUCACAUGUUAAAUCAAUUUUAUAUUUAUAUGAUAUGGAAAGUGGAAAACAAUUACGAAAAUUUGAUUUACCAAUUGGAACUAUUUCUGUUUGGGGUGAUCAACAUGAAUCAGAAAUAUUUAUUCGUCUCGAAUCAUUUCUCUCUCCAACAACAAUUUAUAUGCGCAAUCUAGCUGACUCACUUGAUGCUCCGUUAACACUUUUUAAACAAAUUGAAUUUCAAGGCAUUGAUCUGACUGAAUUAAUAACUGAACAAGUUUUUGUCGAUUCAAAUGGAUUAGACUCAUCAAACCCAGUAAAAGUUCCAAUGUUUUUAGUUCAUCGAAAAAACUUAGAAAAAAAUGGUGAAAAUCCAACACGUAUCUAUGUUUAUGGUGGUUUUUCCAUUUCAAUGAAACCAUUUUUUUCUAUUGGUGCACUUCUAUGGAUAUAUCAUUUUCAUGGAAUCUUUGCUGUAGCUAAUGUUAGAGGUGGUGGUGAAUAUGGUGAAGUAUGGCAUAAAGAUGGUUAUAAAUCUAAAAAACUCAAUACUUUUUAUGAUUUAAAUGCUUGUACUGAAUGGCUUAUUUCAGAAAAAUAUACUCAACGAAAUAAAGUUUCCAUAGGAGGUGGAAGCAAUGGUGGAUUAACUGUAGCAGCUUGUGCUAAUAUGCGACCAGAUUUAUUUGCUAAUGUUAUUAUUGAAGCUGGUGUACUUGAUUUAUAUCGAUAUCAUAAAUUUACUAUUGGAUAUUAUUGGUGUGGCGAAUAUGGUAAUCCUGAUAUAUCUGAAGAAUUUGAAUGGGUUAAAUCAAUAUCACCAUUACAUAAUAUUCCAAAAGAUCCAAAAACAUAUCCGGCAAUUCUUAUACUAACAGGUGAUCAUGAUGAUCGUGUUGUGCCAGCACAUUCUUUAAAAUAUGCAGCACAAUUACAAUAUCAAUUAGGAGAAACAAUGAAUCGUUUAGGUCGUCCAUUACUCGUUCGAAUUGAUGUUCGAGCUGGACAUGGUGCGGGCAAACCAACAAUUAAACGAAUUGAAGAAGUAGCCGAUAUAUAUUCAUUUAUUUCUUACUCAUUGGGUGCUCAAUGGCAUGAUUAA